AUGGAUGGAGAAGGAGGAUCCGGGCUGGCCAAAUCAGCCGCUGUCAAACUGUCCGAGAUGGGACAAAGAACCAAACAGUUCGGCUCCACCAUGAAAGACCCUCACCAACAGAAGAGGAUCAUACUGGUGAUCGUCUGCGUGGCUCUGCUGCUGGACAACAUGCUCUACAUGGUGAUCGUGCCAAUUAUCCCGGACUAUCUGGCUGAUCUGGAGAUGGAGCAGUCCGAGCACGUCCACGUUGUGUUGCACCCCAACACCUCCUCAGCCAACAGCACAAAUCAAGACAAAAGCAACAACUUAGACAUCCAGAUCGGAGUACUGUUUGCCUCUAAAGCCAUCCUGCAGCUCUUAGUCAACCCACUGUCGGGAACUUUUAUAGACCGAGUCGGAUACGACAUCCCCCUUUUGAUCGGACUCACCGUCAUGUUCGUGUCCACGUGCAUUUUUGCUUUCGGGGAGAACUACGCGACCCUGUUCGUGGCCCGGAGCCUGCAGGGUCUGGGCUCGGCUUUCGCGGACACGUCCGGGUUCGCCAUGAUCGCCGACAAGUACACGGAGGAGGGGGAGAGGAGCCGCGCGCUCGGCAUCUCGCUGGCCUUCAUCUCCUUCGGGAGCCUGGUGGCGCCUCCUUUCGGGGGCAUCCUGUACGAGUUCGCGGGCAAGAGGGUGCCCUUCAUCGUGCUCGCCACCGUCUGCCUGGCGGACGGCUUCCUGCUGCUCACCGUCAUCAAGCCCUUCUCCAACAGAACUCGAGACAACAUGCCAGUGGGCACCCCCAUCUACAGACUCAUGAUUGACCCCUACAUCGCCGUGGUGGCCGGGGCGCUCACAGUGGCCAACAUCCCUCUUGCCUUCCUUGAGCCCACCAUCGCCAACUGGAUGGAGACCACCAUGCACUCCUCCCAGUGGGAGAUGGGACUCACUUGGCUGCCAGCCUUCUUCCCCCACGUCUUGGGAGUGUUCAUCACCGUCAAACUGGCAGCAAAGAAUCCACACUUGCAGUGGUUCUACGGGGCGCUGGGGAUGGUGAUCAUAGGCGCGAGCUCGUGCACGGUGCCCGCGUGCAAAACUUUCGGGCAGCUGAUCGCGCCACUGUGCGGCAUCUGCUUUGGCAUCGCGCUGGUGGACACCGCGCUGCUGCCGACGCUCGCCUUUCUGGUGGACGUGCGUCACGUCUCCGUGUACGGCAGCGUGUAUGCCAUAGCUGAUAUUUCAUACUCCAUCGCCUACGCCAUGGGUCCGAUCGUGGCCGGACAGAUCGUGCACAGCAUGGGCUUCGUGCAGCUCAACCUGGGCAUGGGUCUGGUUAACGUGCUUUACGCGCCCGCGCUACUGCUGCUGCGUAAUGUGUGCCAAAUGAAGCCGUCCUUCUCGGAGAGGGAUAACCUGCUGGACGAGGCCCCGCAGGGGCUGUACGACACCAUCAAGAUGGAGGAGGUGAGGGCUAAAAAGAAGGGCUACAACUCAGCCGGGAACUGCCUGCCGGUGGAUGAGAAUGGCUUCGACCCGUUCAGAGCGCAGCGGUCCGUGUCCGAGGAGUCCUCCGGACCGGAGUACACCUAAACCCACCAGAACCCAAACCCAAUGACGAGGCUUGUUC